UGAGCAGCACGAAGGGGGAAAACUCCAUUUGUUUUACCCAUCACGUAGUUUUCCCCCUGUCACACUGUUUUACAGGCAAAACAUUCAUAACAAUCAAAAUAAAUAAAUUAAACAUGUUUCUCUCAGUAAUAUCACGAUCAAUUCGUCGAGUGGCAUCACAAAAUCCAGCAAACCUUGUAAGACCAUUUUCAUCAACAUCAGAUCCAAAGGAAUCAAGCAAUGAUGAACCAAUUGAUAUGGAAAACCCAUUUGAAAAGGAGAAAGUAAAGUGUAUUCUAUGUCAGCAUAAUAUUGAGCCUUCAUACAGAAAUGUUCAGCUACUGUCUCAAUUCCAAUCAGCUUAUACAGGUAGAAUUUAUGGUCGGCAUAUUACUGGAUUAUGUAAAAGUAAACAAGAAAAGGUUGAGAAGGAAAUAGCAAAAGCACAGUCAGUUGGAUUCAUGGGAUUUGUUACAAAAGAUGUCAAAUAUAUCAAAGAUCCGAAAUUAUUUGAUCCAGAACGACCAAUUAGAAGCCAUAAAUAUUAAAUAAUGAAUUAAUUUCACUAGUGCUGUAUGAUUUUUAUGUAUAGUAAUAAAAAUUUAUGAAAAC